UCAUAUGAUAUGAUACAUUAUUCUAUUUUUGGUUUGUUGUUUUUUUAUUUGUAAUUUUCUUCUUUGUGAAAAAGAAAAUAAAGCAGAUGGUAGUUUAUGGACAUGACCCUUCCUAAUCGCCAUUCCGUAAUGAAGCAUCUUAUUCCCAAUGUUUUGCGGCCACCUUUCCGCGUGUCCAUUUUUCUUAUUUAUUUUCUAACGAAUCUUUUUCCCCUUAUCUUAUUCUAUUUCCCUAUGAAAAAAAUAAAUACCAUAUUCCGCAGCAGCUACUGUUGGAUGCUUGUAAUCUUCAUCACAGGACAAGUAGAAUUUGGUUGGACCAAUGUGGCGGCGAUCGGGAUCAACUACGGGCAGAUAGCGAACAACCUGCCGUCGCCGGACGAGGUGGUGCCGCUGGUGAAGUCGAUCGGAGCAACAAAGGUGAAGCUCUACGACGCGGACCCUCGCGUGCUGCGCUCGUUCGCGAACACAGGGGUGGAGAUCAUGGUGGGGCUGGGGAACGAGUACAUGUCGAAGAUGCAGGACCCAAAGCAAGCACAGGCAUGGAUCAAGUCCAAUGUCCAGCCUUACCUCCCGGCCACCAAGAUCACCUGCAUCUUCGUUGGAAACGAAGUCCUCACCUUCAACGACACCUCCCUUACUGACAACCUCCUCCCAGCCAUGCAGAGUGUCCACACGGCCCUCCAGAACCUCGGCCUAGACAAACAGGUGACUGUAACGACCACACAUUCCUUGGCAGUUCUGGAAAAAUCCUAUCCACCGUCUGCCGGCGCGUUCCGUCCAGACCUGGAACCGUGUCUGAGUCCAAUCCUGAGCUUCCAAUCAAAAACAGGAUCGCCAUUCCUGAUAAACGCAUACCCAUACUUUGCGUACAAGGACAACCCAAAGCAAGUACCGCUGGAAUUCGUGUUGUUCCAACCGAACCAGGGCGUUGUGGACUCAUCCACCGGGCUCCACUACGACAACAUGCUGUUCAUGCAGAUCGACGCCGUUUACUCGGCGCUAGCGUCGUUAGGGUACAACAAGCUUCCCGUUCACAUCUCAGAGACGGGGUGGCCUUCCAAGGGGGACCAAGACGAAGCCGGAGCCACACCGGAGAAUGCCAAGAAGUACAACGGUAACCUCAUCAAGUUGGUGGCUCAGAGUACUAAGAAGGGCACGCCAAUGAGGCCCAACUCCGACUUGAAUAUUUAUGUCUUUGCCUUGUUUAAUGAGAAUAUGAAGCCCGGGCCCACCUCAGAGCGGAACUAUGGCCUUUUUAAGCCCGAUGGAACUCCGGCAUAUUCUCUUGGCUUGGCUACCACGGCUUCUCCGUCCUCGUCCAGUGACGGAGUUAGUGGUAACAGCAGUAACAGUGGCGUUAACGGUGGAGCGCCGCCACUUCCUCCUAGCUCUUCCACCGGAUACUUGUCCAUUUCCUCUGCCACCUCACCGGACCAAGAGAGAUACCGUUUCCUAGGAGCAUCAUUAUGGUCGUUGGUGGUGUUGGUGACGGGGGUUUUAAAAUUUUGAGGAUUAUUUUUUAGUAUCAACCAAAGGAAGAAAGACACCAUGGUAAUAUGGUAUUGGAGAGAGGAGUAAAGGCGAACGGAAUAAAAAAGAGUAAAGCUGGUUCCUGGUUGCGAGUUGCACCGAUUGGGCACCCAAAUGACAAGUCUGAAAAGGUGUGAUGGUUGGGAAACAGACAGCAUCAUGCACUUUUUUGUAGGGGUGGUGGAACUUUGCUAGUUGGCAUAAAAAAGAAAGUUAACCCUUUUUUCCAUGUUCCAGGGAUGUGACUGAAUUCAUUGUCUUUAUGUAUGGCUUACCGGCUUAGGAAGGAAAGCUAGUUGUCCACUUGUCGUCAAAGAUCAAGAGCCUUAUCCCUCCUAUUUGUUGUGUAUUACAUAAUUAGAGAUGAAUAUUAUUUUUGCUAUUCUAUUAUAUCCUACUGAGAUAUUCUUUCAUAAUAUGCACUCUGCUCACAUUGCUAAUUCAAUUGUAGAACGCAACCUCGGAGGCUCAUACGUCCCAAAUA